UUCAGUUAGUUCAGUUACCAUCGAUAAGUCGACGUACUUGGACGCUCCAGGAAUUGUUAGUUGGCCAACAAAGUUACCCCACAAUGCCACCACCGCCACACGAUCACUGCGGAGGGCCUCCCCGCCGGGGGCCCGUGAUUAAGGUCUCGAUCGCACCACCGUGGCCCCGCCGCCACCACCGUCCGCCUCCCCCCCAGGUUGUGGUGGUGCAGCAGCCACCUCCGCCACCGCCGCCAGUCAUGGUGGUGCAGCAGGCGCCGCCACCGCCGUACUACCAACAGCCGCCACCUCCGCCGCCAGGAGGCAACCACUACCACAACCCACAAUAUUGAGGGGGAGCUCCGAUCUGAAAAGCAGCCUUGAUGAAUUUACUUAAGAUAGUAUUAGCGAAGAAAAAUAAAGUGUGUAUUUAUAGCAUGA